UGGCUCUAUUGUUCAAUAUUACUCCGCUGACGAGCAAUAUAACUGUUUACUGUGCAUAACACAACUAGAAUAAACUUUAAUUUGCAUAAAUACACAAAUUUCCACUGGUUGCAGUUUCGCAGAACAUCAGCAGCAACCAUGGUGCAUAUGGUUCAGAGUAAAGAGGACUUUGAAGAGCAGCUGACUAAUGCCGGCGACAAGUUAAUUGUCAUUGAUUUUUGCGCCAACUGGUGCGGUCCAUGCAAAAUAAUUGCUCCUAAGCUAGAGGAACUGGCCAUACAAUAUGCCGACCGUGCUGUUGUGCUCAAGGUGAAUGUGGAUGAGAAUGAGGAGAUCACCAAUGAGUAUAAUAUAACCAGCAUGCCCACAUUCGUUUUCAUUAAAAGUGGCGAAGUGCUCGAAGUCUUUGUGGGCGGCAAUUCCGACAAAUUAGUUAAAUCUAUGGAGAAAUAUGUGGGCGAUGUAGAGGCGUCAACGGAUCAGCCGGCCACAGAGAUUAAUGCAGCAUCGGAGGGCGCUGACACAGAGCAGGCUACAGGACCAGCGACCAGUUCUCAAGACAUGCCAGCCACUUUAAACAAAGGUGUGCUGGAUAACUAGACUAUAUAACUAAUCAAACAUGAAACUUAUUACAAAUCACCAUUAAACUUGACUUGUUGCCAACUA